AGGAGGACGGAGCUCUAGCGGUGAAACUCUUCUGCAUCAUCCGUCUUCUGAGUCAGACACUCGGACACUUGUUCACUUUCUUUCCUCCUCUGGUUUCCUCGGUUUUUCCUGCAGCGCGCGUGUGUGUAUGUGUGCGUGUAUAUGUGUGCGCGGGUCUGCGUGUGUGUUGUAGCCCAGUUGUGAGCAUGCAAGGCAGCGACCGAAAAAAGGAAUCGAGGGGAACAUGGAGAAACCGGCAACUUCUCCUGUACAGAUGCACUUUAUAUUUAUUCAUCCUCAGUGUGGAGCUGCAGAGGAGCGACUCCGCCCCGCUGGACUCUGACGUGUUUGCUUUCUUCCAUGAGGGCGAAAACGGAUGCCUGGGGGUGCAGGAUCACUCCCUCGUCCUGUCAAAAUCCUGUGAGGAAGACAACCAGCGCUGGCAGUGGGUGACCCGAGGACGCCUGCUCAACCUGGGCUCCUCGCUUUGCCUGGGAGUGACCACUGGUAACUUCACCUCCAAGUCAGACAAGUCUCCUCUGGGUGUGUACACUUGUGACCGGGAGCCCCCCAGAGUACGCUGGACCUGGACCUGUGGCACGGUGCUGGAGAACCUCAACAACUACCUUCCCUCUCCAUCGAUUUUGAACUCCUCCUCCGCCUCCUCUCCCUCCAAGCUGAAAUGGACUCUGCAUGGUGGCAUGCAGGACCUGUGUACCAAAAUGUAUCGUGAGAUCUACACCAUCCAGGGCAACUCUCACGGCCGGCCCUGCUACCUGCCCUUUCUGUACGAUGGCCAGUGGUUCCACAGCUGCACCAGUAUCGGCCGUGAGGACGGUCACCUCUGGUGCGCCACCACCUUUGACUAUGGCAAGGACGAGCGUUGGGGGUUUUGUCCUGUCAAGAGCAGCGGCUGUGAGACAUUCUGGGAUGAAGACCCGCUGACGGACAGCUGUUACCAGUUCAACUUCCAGGCUACAUUGUCAUGGAGCGAGGCACAGAUCAGUUGCCAGCAGCAGGGGGCAGACCUGCUGAGCAUCACCAAGCUGCAUGAGCAGACCUACAUUAAUGGUUUGCUGACCACCUACAGCGCUGCUUUGUGGAUUGGCCUCAAUGACCUAGACCUCAACGGGGGUUGGCAGUGGGUCGACUCCUCACCACUCAAAUAUCUGAACUGGGAACAAGACCAGCCAAAUAGCGAAGAUGAGGACAACUGUGUUGUGAUCAGAACUGAGUCAUCAGGUCGCUGGCAAAACCGCGAUUGUUCUGUUGCUCUGCCGUAUGUCUGUAAGAAGAGGCCCAAUGCCACCCUGGACCCCUUCACUACAGAUUCUUGGACAGAUGAUAAGAAGUACGAGUGUGAUGUCGGCUUUCAGGCCUUCCAGGCCGGCUGCUACAGACUGACUUCAGAGAAGAGCGACUGGAAUACGGCUCAGAAAACCUGCCAGAAGAUGGAGGCCAACCUGGUCAGCAUUCACACCCUACCGGAGCUGGAGUUCAUUAUUCGCAACUUGAAAAAAGACAUUGACCAACUGUGGAUAGGGCUCCAUGACACCAACAUGCAAAUGGACUUCCAGUGGACCGACCACACACCUGUCAUCUUCACAUACUGGCACCCGUUUGAACCCAAUAACUUCCGCAACACCCAGGAGGACUGCGUCUCCAUCUGGGGGCCCGACGGCCGCUGGGAUGACAGCCCUUGUAAUUUGGCCCUGCCCUCCAUCUGCAAGAAACCAGGAACAAAGAGUGAUGGGAAACCUCAGCACCAGGACUGCAAACAAGGCUGGAAGUGGCACAGUCCAGCUUGUUACUGGGUGGGAGAAAACCAAUUCACCUUUGAUGAAGCCAGGAAAUCCUGUGAGGUCCACGGUGCCACCCUUGUUACCAUCACAAAUAGGUUCGAGCAGGCCUUCGCAAACAGCCUGCUGUUCGGUCGCUCUGGAGAUUCCUUCUGGAUCGGCCUCCAAAAUCAAAGCGGGUCUUUCAAUUGGCUCAGUGGUGACAGAGUGUCCUACACCAACUGGAAUCGUGAGGAGCCAGGUAGCUCAAAGACAUGA